CAGCGCAGAGGUUACUGAGCAGCAGGAAUCGGACCCGCAGCUUAAAGCCGCUUCACUCGCAGGAACACCAGAAAAGUCUCACACGCACGCAUACACGCACCGCGUGGAUCUCCUGGUUCCGAUCCACGCAUGUCCGUAGGACCUGACCUUCUCCAAACUGGAUUCCCGGAGCUCCUCGCCAUGCCUGCCCGGGUUUAGGUUCUCCAUGGAGCUCUCCAACCUGUACGAGGUCGCGCCCCGACCCUUGAGCAGCCUGACCCACGGCCAGCAGCCCUCCUCCGGCUACAGAGACCCGGCAGACCUCGGCGGUGAGAUCGGAGAUAACGAGACCUCCAUCGACCUGAGCGCCUAUAUCGACCCGGCGGCUUUCAACGACGACUUCCUGGCGGACCUGUUCCACCACAGCUCCCGGCAGGACAAGCUCAAGAUUAUGAACGGGGAGUACGAGUCAGUCGCGUGCGGUCCUGGCCCCCAACAGCUCUACAUGUCACACUACAUGGAGUCCAAACUGGAGCCGCUGUACGAGCACAGCCCGCCGCGCAUCCGGCCGGUGGCCAUCAAGCAGGAGCCACGGGACGACGAGGACUCUGAACCCGGCAUGCUGCCGACCUACCACCCCCACGCGCAUACCCCAGCAGUACUCUCAGCAGCAGCACAACAGCCGCAGAUGCCGCACCUCCAGUACCAGAUCGCGCACUGCGCGCAGACCACCAUGCACCUCCAACCGGGCCACCCGACCCCCCCACCGACCCCGGUCCCCAGCCCGCCACAGCACCACCACCAGCACUCGCACCACACGCAGCAGGGCGGACUGAAGCUGCUGGAUUCGCAGCGGGAGGCGGGAAACCCAGAGAAGCACGUCGAGAAGAACAGCCCGGAGUACCGGCUGCGGCGCGAGCGCAACAACAUCGCGGUGCGCAAGAGCCGCGACAAGGCGAAGAUGCGCAACAUGGAGACGCAGCAGAAGGUGGUGGAGCUGAGCGCGGACAACGAGAGGCUGCGGCGGCGCGUGGAGCACCUGACCCGCGAGCUGGACACGUUACGGGGCAUCUUCAGACAGCUGCCCGAAGGAUCCUUCAAAGCCCAUGGGCAGCUGAAGGGGCUCUAGACAGGACCUGGUUCCACCCGGACCAGGUCCUGGACUGGAUUUAAUCUGGUUUUGGUGUCAGAGGGCAGCUUAGGUGUUCACUGCAAACAACGGACUUCUCAUUUCAUCUUCAAACACCUGAAACUUAUCAAAGUGCAGCCGAACCGAACCGACUUGAAACCGCUUUUGGUUUUUUUUCUUUUUUCUGUUCAGUGAUUUUUUUUCUGCAGAAACUGGACAAAACUCGUGCUGCAGCUGACUCCUCCCGCCAUCAUCUCACUGUGGACUGCUGCGCGCGCAGGAGGACCGUGAGCCUUCCAGUCCGAACUUUGUUUGCAGCGUGCACGUGCCUUUUUAAAGUUUUCUGUAAAAGCCGAUAAGCUGAUUCCUUUGCAGAGGACUGCUGGGUUUGUGCCUUAUUCUCGUUCAGACUGAGCGUGCACGAUCACACUCAGACACACAUCAGUGCAGCUAUGGUUGGGCACGCGCAAUGGGCGCACGCCGUCUGUGGUGCGCGCAUUUCCUUCAUUAUUUUGGCUUGUUUUCUGUAACCAUGACCUGCAGCUCUGAAAGCUUCCAUGUACGUGUGUGCACGUGGUUUAUGCAGAGGUUGUAAUCCUGCACGGACUUGUACCAGCUGACAGGUUUCUACUAAUUAGACCACGCGGUACAGAUUCAGACUCACCUGUGGACCAGACCUCCUCCUGUGGACCAGACCGCCUCCUGUGGACCAGACCUCCUCCUGUCAGCUGGAAACUUUGUUAAAAUGAUUCAGAUUUGAGUCCUGACAGAGAAAAACAAGCAGGACAGCUUUUUUCUUGCAUUCCAUAAACACUUUUGUUCUGCUCUACCUGAGCAACAGUAACAGAAUUGGGGGGUCAAACUGUGGUACCAUGCUCUGGUCCACCUGAGGACCUGAGCAGCUUUCUGAUGCACUAUAAGGGAUGAGGUACUGAUCCGGACCCCGCCUCGCUCUGCACACAUUUGUAGGUUUUUAUGCAACGUUUCUUCCUCUUUCCUCCUGUUGAAUAUCAUCAUCACAUGGUGCCUUCCUGAUCGUCCUCCACGACCUUUGACCUCUGGCCGAGCUGCUGGUCGUGUGUUCUGUUGAGAAAAUGUUUGCGUCAGCUUUGUUGCUGUUUCAAGCUUCACUUCAGUUUGUAACAUAAACUGGUAUAAUAUAUAAAUAUAUAUGAAAAUAUAUUAAUGAAAUACAGAAAACUGAAGUAUUGUAAUAAAAAACCUGUUUUAUCAAUUGAA